CGGGAUCGGAGAGGAGUCUCUGGCGCAGGGCACGCUGGGAUCGGGGCGGGCUGUGUUCGGGGGCCCAGCACAGGGCUGUUGCUGGUUCGCUCGGUGUCUGGCGGCGACCGUUGGGCUCGAAGACGCCGAGGCGGCUGCUGUUGCUGCUGCCCAGCGGGGAUGGCGGAUGCGGCGGCCUCCCCGGUGGGGAAGCGACUCCUGCUGUUGCUGGUGGCGGCGGGGCCGGGUGAGAGUGAGGUGGUGGGGCCGGAGCCAGGGCCUGCACUGCCCUCCCGGGCCUGGAGAAGCGGAACCGUGCGGGCUAUGAGCGGGGCCGUACCCCAGGACUUGGCGAUAUUUGUGGAAUUCGACCGAUGCAGUUGGAAGCAGCAUGCUUGGGUAAAGGUUCAUGCGGAAGAAGUGAUAGUUUUGAUGCUAGAAGGGUCGUUGGUUUGGGUCCCUCGAAAUGAUCCAGUUUUGCUCCAAGGAACUAGAGUGUCUGUUGCACACUGGCCUGCACUGACUUUCACUCCUUUAGUUGAUAAGCUGGGUUUAGGAUCUGUGGUCCCUGUAGAGUCUCUUGUGGACCGAGACUUGAGAUUUCUAUCUGAUGCCAGUGGAUUACGUCUUUUCCAGAUGGCAACAGAAAGUCAGAAUCAAAUUCUACAAGAACAGCCUGUAUUGAGGGAAACUGUCAAUGCAUUGAUCGGUGAGCAGAAACUUCAGGAGAUAUUUAGCAGAGGUCCUUACAGCAUCCAAGGUCAAAGGGUGAAGGUGUACCAGCCAGAGGAGGAAAACAGCUGGGUCUCUGCAGUUGUGAGCUGUCAAGAUCCUAUCACACGUCUGAUGGAAGUGGUUUUGACUGAGACUGGUGAAAUCAAGUCAGUGGAUCCUCGACUGAUUCAUGUAGUGAUGGACAACUCUGCUCUGAAUGAGGGAGGGUCUGCAAAGGCAACAAAGCCCUCAAAAGGGAAAAAGAAGAGAGAAAGCGUGGAAGGGAAAGAUGGACGAAGGAGGAAAAAUGCUUCUGAUGCUGGGUGUGAUCAUGCUACAAAGAAGCUAAAGGAGAGGGGCGAAGUGGAUAGUAAUGGGAAUGAUGGAGGUGAGGCAAACAGAGCAGCCUGGAAGGGAACUGUCACCAGUGACACAGCUCUGGAUCCAAGGGCCAAGCAGCAGCCUCCAUUUGUUCCUCAAAUUAACCGCAAUAUUCGCUUUGCCACAUACACCAAGGAGAAUGGCCGGACUCUUGUGGUACAGGAUGAACCAGUAGGGGCUGAUGCACCUAUACCCUUCACUCCCUUUUCUUCAGCAGCUUCCCAACAACUGCUGAGUGGAGCUGGAAAUCAAGAGAUAGCAACAUCUUUAGAACAGGCUAACCAAGGUCUGGUAGCUGUACCAGCAGUAAUUACUACAGCUGGACCGGCACCAACUACUGUUCGGAUUUCUGAUACUGGCCUUUCUUCAGUUACUGGACAAGAAAAACAGAAAGCAGGUCAUUUGCAGGCCCAGGGAGAGAGUUCUCAAAAUUCAAUGUUGGCUUCACCAGGAUUUGGAACAACACACCCAAGUGCUUCCCAGCCUGUAGUGUUUGAUAGUGGGCGAAGCCAAUCCAAUGGAGUACUGGCUCCAGAAAAGAAGCCUCUUGGAUUUCCAUUUGGUGGUAGCACUGGUCAUGAGGUUCAGAAAGACUCCAAUUUGUCAAACAACUUGUUUUUUCAGUGCAUGUCCCAGAAUCUUCCCUCCAGCAAUUACUUCACAGCCUUAUCAGAGAAUCUGGCUGAAGAGCCCGCUAGUCAGGACUCAUUAAAAAAAAGUUCAGAAAGCCUGAGUUUGGGCAUCUGCAAAGCUAAAGGUCUUGCAGGAGAAACUAAACCUGGGACUCAGUCUGGCAGUUCUGUAGACCGGAAGCUGCCAGUGGAGUCUAUGCCCACCCUUACUCCAGCUUUCCCCCGAAACCUCUUAAGUACUCGACCUCCAGAUAAUCAUGAGAAUAUUUUCUUGCAGCCCCCCAAACUGUCACGAGAGGAGCCCUCAAAUCCUUUUCUGGCAUUUGCAGAAAAAUCAGAACUCAGUCCUUUCAGUAGCUUUGCAUCUCCAUCUCAGCCAGGAGUAUCUACUACUACUCCUUCAGUUCUCUGUUCCAAGGCUGCUUCUGGCUGGCCAGAUUUGCACACCUCAACAGACUCUCUAACAAAAAAGAAGAGCCUGUUUAUAACGACUGAUUCCUCCAAGAUGCUUUGCAGUGCACCUAGUUCAACACUUUUUGCCGGUGUUCAAAGUUCGUCGACUCUAGGGAAUGGCCGUUCCAGUUCGCCCAUCAGCAGCCUGACGCAGCCUAUUGAAAUGCCCACACUCUCCUCCAGUCCAACAGAAGAAAAGCCAUCUGUUGGGCCUGGGCAGCAGGACAAUCCUCUUAUGAAAACUUUUUCUAAUGUGUUUGGCAGACAUCCGGCUGGCUUUUUCUCUUCACAGGCAGACAUACCACUGGAGAACAAAGCUCCCUUUGAAACUGUGAAAAGGUUCUCCCUAGAUGAGCGGAGCAUGCCAUCCAAGCAGGAUUCUGAUUCUAGCACCAAUAGCGAUCUUUCAGAUAUGAGUGAUUCUGAGGAGCAACUGCACUCCAAAGCUUGUCUGAAGGGAAUCCCAGAGCAUCUGAUUGGGAAAUUGGGUCCCAAUGGCGAGCGCAAUGCUGAACUACUAAUGGGCAAGGGAAAAGGGAAACAAACCCCGAAGGGCAGGCCUCGCACAGCCCCCCUUAAAGUUGGCCAGUCGGUACUGAAAGACAUGAGCAAGGUGAGGAAGCUGAAGCAGUCAGGAGAACCGUUCCUCCAAGAUGGAUCCUGCAUCAAUGUAGCCCCUCAUCUGCACAAGUGCCGAGAGUGCCGUCUGGAACGCUACCGGAAGUUCAAAGAGCAGGAGCAGGAUGACUCCACUGUGGCCUGUCGCUUCUUUCACUUCCGCAGACUGAUAUUUACACGCAAGGGCAUACUACGAGUGGAGGGAUUCUUGAACCCCCAACAGAGUGACUCUGAUGCUAUGAGUUUGUGGAUUCCAUCUUCCUCUCCUGCAGAAGGAAUUGACCUGGAGACUUCUAAAUACAUUCUGGCUAACGUUGGUGACCAGUUUUGUCAGCUAGUUAUGUCUGAGAAGGAGGCAAUGAUGAUGGUAGAGCCACACCAGAAAGUUGCCUGGAAGAGAGCUGUACGUGGUGUAAGGGAGAUGUGUGAUGUUUGUGAAACAACACUAUUUAAUAUUCAUUGGGUUUGUCGCAAAUGUGGCUUUGGAGUGUGUCUGGACUGUUACCGUCUCAGGAAAAAUCGUCCUCGUAGUGAAACAGAGGAAAUCGGUGACGAAGAGGUUUUCUCAUGGCUGAAAUGUGCAAAGGGACAGUCGCAUGAACCAGAAAACCUCAUGCCAACACAGAUCAUCCCUGGCACAGCAUUAUAUAAUAUUGGAGACAUGGUUCAUGCAGCACGUGGCAAAUGGGGAAUUAAAGCUAACUGUCCAUGUAUUAACCGGCAGAACAAAUCUGUGCUGCGACCUGCUGUCACCAAUGGAAUUUCACAGCAGCUACCCAGUAUGAAUCCCAGUGUAUCAAGUUCUGGAAAUGAAAGCACAUUCUCUAGUGGGACAACAGAGGGAGGGCAGUUGGACAUGAGUGUAGUUCCUAAGUGUGAAGCUGCAGAGGACAAAGCUGAGGAGCCUGUAAAGAUGGAGGUUCCAGCAACCAGCAACAGUGGUGAAACAAAACCUAACAAGUCAGUAUGUUCAGAAACCAGUCCCUCAUCAGCAUUGCACUGGCUUGCAGAUUUAGCAACACAAAAGGCAAAAGAAGAAACAAAAGAAGCAGGAUCUUUGAGGUCAGUGCUCAGUAAAGAAUCUCAGUCACCUUUUGGGUUGGAUUCCUUCAAUUCCAGUGCGAAGGCUUCCCCUUUAACUCCAAAGCUUUUUAAUAGUCUCUUAUUGGGCCCAGUUGCCUCAAGCAACAAAGCAGAAGGUUCCAGUCUUCGUGAUUUGCUUAACUCUGGGCCUGGAAAGCUGCCUCAGACUUCAGCUGAGGGGAUCCCUUUCCCUCCUGUCUUUCCUGGAGCUUCCACGGGGGCCAAGAGCAAAGCCAGCUUGCCCAACUUUCUUGAUCAUAUUAUUGCCUCUGUGGUGGAAAAUAAAAAGAUGUCUGAUUCUACCAAGCGAGCAAGCAAUUUGGCUGACACGCAGAAAGAAGUGAAAGAAAUGGUAAUGGGAUUAAAUGUGCUAGACCCACACACUUCUCAUUCUUGGCUCUGCGAUGGAAGGCUUCUGUGUCUUCAUGACCCCAGCAACAAAAACAACUGGAAGAUAUUCAGGGAAUGUUGGAAACAGGGCCAGCCUGUUCUAGUUUCUGGUGUUCACAAGAAGCUGAAACCUGAACUCUGGAAACCGGAUGCAUUUAGCCAGGAGUUUGGAGAUCAGGAUGUAGAUCUGGUCAAUUGUAGGAACUGCGCUAUAAUCUCAGAUGUGAAAGUGCGCGACUUCUGGGAUGGCUUUGAAAUAAUUUCUAAGCGCUUGAGAGCAGAUGAUGGGCAGCCCAUGGUACUCAAGUUAAAAGACUGGCCUCCAGGAGAGGAUUUUAGAGACAUGAUGCCAACAAGGUUUGAGGACCUGAUGGAGAACCUUCCUCUCCCAGAAUACACAAAGAGGGAUGGAAGACUAAAUCUGGCAUCUAGGUUGCCAAGCUAUUUUGUAAGACCUGAUCUGGGACCCAAAAUGUACAAUGCAUAUGGGCUGAUAACUGCAGAAGACAGAAGAGUUGGUACAACCAAUCUGCAUUUGGAUGUAUCUGAUGCUGUUAAUGUCAUGGUGUAUGUUGGAAUCCCCAUUGGUGAAGGUGCCCAUGAUGAUGAGGUGCUUAAAACCAUUGAUGAGGGAGAUGCUGAUGAUGUCACAAAACAGCGAAUCCAUGAGGCAAAAGAGAAACCUGGGGCCCUGUGGCACAUCUAUGCUGCUAAGGAUGCUGAGAAGAUUAGGGAGCUUCUGCGGAAGGUUGGAGAAGAACAAGGGCAAGAAAAUCCUCCAGAUCAUGACCCAAUCCAUGAUCAAAGCUGGUACCUGGACCAGACGCUACGUAAACGUCUAUAUGAAGAGUAUGGAGUGCAAGGCUGGGCAAUAGUGCAGUUCCUGGGAGAUGCUGUAUUUAUUCCUGCAGGUGCUCCUCACCAGGUUCACAAUUUGUAUAGCUGCAUUAAAGUAGCAGAAGAUUUUGUAUCUCCAGAACAUGUGAAACACUGCUUCCGCCUGACCCAAGAGUUCAGGCACUUGUCUAAUACUCACACAAACCAUGAAGAUAAACUGCAGGUGAAGAAUAUUAUUUACCAUGCAGUGAAAGACGCAGUUGGCACACUUAAAGCUCAUGAAUCCAAACUGGCUAGGUCUUAGGAACUGGUGAUCCAAAUCCUCCUCUGGAGUUGUUGUUUUUUUUAAUUUUUUGCUCACAGAAUAGAAGGGGAGUGCACAUGCCUGCCUCUGCAGGAGCCAGAGGUUUUGCUAGGAGGUGCCGUGGCACUCAUUACACUCUCUAGCCACUGUCUUCUACGCUGCCUCAAUUCUGAACACCUACAGGAAGGUCACCACAACAUACAGAAUUCUUGACUAAUGAAAGGUGCUGUGUCCCUUUCCUGUGGCCUUUUGCAAAUUAAAAUUGCAUGGAAGCCAUGUGGGUGUUCCUGCAUAUUAUGAUUAGAAGUGUGAACCUUUUUCAUGCCUAGUUAGUCUUUCCAAGAAGUUAGAAAGAAUGAUGUGAAGAUGGACAUUCUGUUGGAGAUUUAAGUAGCUAGCUCUGAAUGAGUGUGACCAGGAGCCCAGCUACAAAAACUUGGACACUAGUUGUCCUGAGUCUGACACAGGCCAAGGAAAAAAAAGAAAACGUUCUUCAUGUUCCCUUUUAACAGUUCUCUAUACACUGUAGAAAUGCAGAAACACAAAGAGAAACCACUGUUUUCCCCAGAUGGCUCCAGGAUUAAAAAUUGUGUAUUUAGUGAAAAACUAGGUUUGUAGUGAAACAGUAUUUCAUGAAAGUAGAUAUUUUUAGAAUUUGAAGUACCACAACUGUUCCUGGAUUUCAAGGAAAGGCACACUGCAUUUAGUCUUCCUUUCAAAAAGAAUUAAAUCAAAAAUAGCACAAUUGGCUAGAAGAGAGCUGAAAGAAAUUGAUUUCCAACUCUACUUUCCACAAAGAUAGAAGUAAAUGAAGGGGGGAGAACUUUUUAUGUUUUGGAGAUGUUGUACAUCUCUCCCUAAACUGGUAAACCAAGUGAUAGUUCACCAGUUGUCAAUUCUAGAUUGGGACUUCUACUUCCCAGAACUAAUUUUCAGUAUCAGCUUUGUCCAGAAAUAUUUUCAGUAAAAUGUUCCUGCUUGAUAGAGUUGUAUUCAGAAUUGUCACCAUUGAAAUGAUGGAUUCCAUUGUUUGACUGUACAUUGGGACUUAUAUCUACCUUCUAUCCAGCUGUACUGUAGUGCCACCUGCAGGCCUGUUAAUAUGUUCACGGUUAUUUCAUUUUUUAAAAAAUAAAAGUCAUUUACUGUAGAA